AUGAGGCCUCAUCGCCGCCUCCACGACACUGACUGCUCGUCCGUAUCCUACGCCCGUCCUACCCCUCACUUUGGCUGGCCAGGUCGACUGUACCAGCCGACACUCUCCACCAGUCUCUUGUUCCACACCCUUCAGUCUGCCCCCCUCCUCCACUCCACCCACCAACCUCCUACUGAGUGUUCUACACUCGCAUGUCGUUCAAGUCCCCAUCGCUUUCUGAGUAUUGCCGAACAGACUGAAUGCAGGCCGUAUGAAAUUGUACCAUCUUGUACCAUCUCGUUGGGCAUUCGCCAACCAGGCACUGUGUUUAGUGCCUUCCUCCAGGCCAAAGUAAUUAUAGAUGCAGGAGCGCACAAUUGA